AUGAGCGGCGGAGUUUUUGGAGAUGAUAUAUUUUCAUUGGUCUUUGAUAUUGGAUCAAAUUCAUUUCGUGUUGGCUAUGCAGGGGAGGAUCAGCCAAGGGGUGAUUUUCCAACUUCAGUUGGAGUUUUAGACCUGAAGGAAACAAGGAAUGAGGAAGGUAACUUUGUAACGAAACAGGACAAGUAUGUGAUUGAUGUUGUUAACCUGAAUGUUCCUAGAGAAGGCAUGGAGGUCACCAGUUGUUUGAAGGAGGGCAUGGUGGAAGAUUGGGAGAUAUUUGAGAAGCAGAUUGAAUAUGCAUAUGGAAGGUUCAUUGAGACUCCAUCCGAGUACCAUCCUGUCCUCAUGACUGAGUCUGCGUGGAAUGUACGAUCGAAGAGAGAGAAGUUACUGGAACUUAUGAUGGAGAAGUUCAACAUACCAGCUUUUUUCCUUGUCAAAAAUGCCACACUCUCCGUAUAUGCAAAUGGUCGAACGUCAGGCCUCGUGCUAGACAGUGGUGCCACAUUAACUUCAGCUGUCCCCGUAUAUGAUGGCAUGGUCAUUCAACAUGGUAUUGUGAAGUCUCCACUGGCUGGUGACUUCAUCUUGAUGGAGUGCAAGAAGUUGUUGGAUGAGAUGGGGAUUGAGAUUGUUCCUCCAUUCUAUGUGGCACACAAAGAACAAGUACCCGAAGGCCAACCUCCAAUAUGGAAAAAAAGAGAAAACAUUCCUGAGAUGACCAAAUCACAUUUCAACUAUUCAAUUAAAGAUGUCCUUAAAGACUUUGCUGCUCAAACGUUGCAGGUAUCUGAUUCCCCAUAUGACGAAUCAGUGUUUGAGAACAUGCCAACGCAUCCGUAUGAGUUCCAUACGGGCUACAACUAUGUCUUCAAUCAUGAAAGAUUCAAAAUACCCGAAGCACUUUUCGAUCCAUCACUUAUUAAGGUAGAUGCACAUGGAGGAAGUUCUAUGUUGAGCAUGAGUCACAUUGUAUCAACCAGUGUUGGAUUCUGUGAUAUUGAUAUCAAACCAAGCCUUUACAACAACGUGAUCGUUGUCGGUGGAAACACACUUCUGAAUGGAUUUGUGGAGAGAUUAACGAGAGAUCUCAGUGCCAAGACUCCAUCUAGCAUGAAGUUGAAGAUUGUAUCAUCCCCUGUAGCGUCGGAACGAAAGUACAGCAGUUGGAUUGGUGGAUCCAUUCUUGGAUCUCUGAGCUCGUUCCCGCAGAUGUGGAUAUCAAAGCAGGAAUACGAGGAAGCGGGCAAAAUUAUUGUCGAGAAGAAGUGUGUCUAG